GAAUUUUGAAUUGAAGUUCGAGCAAAAGGAUACUAAAAUUAAACAAAAGACCUUUAAUUCUGUUUUUAAAAGAUUUUCUGAUUUAAAUUCAUUGAAAUAUAUAAAGAAGUUAUAUUGAAGAACAUUUUCAGUUGAAAAAAAUGGACUCUUCACAGAACUGUUCAAUAACUCCUCGACGAUCACGGCGUCUGAGAAAAAAUGAAAACUCAUCCUCUCCUAAGACGCCUCCUGUUGAAGAAGUUGAAAAGAAAGUCCGUGGUCCACGAUCAAUGGCAAAACUUAAUAGGUCUAAACAAGUUCUUGAACGAACGGUUUCUGAGCCUUUAACAUUGAUGAAUGAUCAACGGACUGAAAAUUCUCUAUCAUCUAUAUCGAUUAUUAAAGAUGGAUCAUUGAGGGCAACUAAUAGUGAAGACUUUCACACAAAAACUGAAGAAAGUUUGGAGAAAAUUUCAGACGUUUCAACUGAAUCUACUUCCUCAUCUCGUGGUAAAAAAAAUAAAGUUGCUAAACAAAAACGAGGUAAAAAACGAAAACAAAACGAAUCAUCAUCCUUCGAAAAGUCACAAGAGCAACAGCUUGAAAGCACAAUAGAAAUGUCGGAAAAUAGUUCAUUAUUUAGAGAUAACACAAUCAUCGAAAUGAAUCCUUUAACUGAAGAAGCAGAUGAAGGUAAAUUAGACGAAAAACGUCCUCUUACUCCUGUUGUGGAGGUUCCUGAAUUUUCAGUUGCUCCCACACAUCCAUCAGAUGAAAACGUCAUUGAAAAAACUUCUGAAGCAACUGGUGAAGUUAAAGCUGUAGAAACAUCUUUGAUAAAAGUCCCAGAAAUAAAAGUAAGUGAUGAUGUCUUCACAAAUUCUGAAGAAAAAAAAGACGUUGAGACAGCAGAACAGAAAAUUUCAGUUAAAGAAGAAAAAAUUGAAGAAGUUUUUCAAUUAUCACCAAAUUCCAAGAAAAAAAUGAAUGAAACACCACAACUGAUGGAUGAAAGCAUCAUUUCUGUUCCAGAAUCACCUCCACCUACUUCUCCAACUCAGAAAAAAGAUGCGACAUUCAGUCCUGUUGUUGACACUUCAAUCAACGAUUCACGUCCAAUUAUUGAUGAUUUUAUUACUGCUCCGAAUCCGGUUAAAAACGUUGCUUUACGAACUAGUACACCUUUGGGGAAUAAAUCAAAGAGCAUUGCAACGAGAAGUUCAACACCAUCAGCUCGAUUGUUGAGCAAAAUUAUAUCAACAAAAUUCAAAGAUGAGAAAACUGUCAAUGAAAGUGUUAACAAGCAAUUGAAAGUUCCAUCAGAUCCAUUAGAAAAAAGUAUUUUGAAGAGUUCACGUCGUAAGCGGUCAAUGUCAGUUGCUGAUAGCGAAUCUUUCAUGCAAAAGCGGGUCAUGUUUAACAGUCCACAAUUUAUGGAAAUCGGAACAAUUGAUGAGAAAAUGAUUGCUUCAUUCAUUGAAGAGAAAGAGAAUUCAAUGAUGAUAAAGGCUGCUAAUUCAUCACGUCGUAAGCGAUCAAUGUCAACUGGAACGCCAGCAAAAGUUCUUGAACGUCAAGUAACACGCGUUAAAAUGCCGAAUUUCAAGGCGAUCCAUGAGCAACAGUUCCAGAAAAUGGAAUCUAUUGCUGAUCAUGCAAAACGUAGAGAAGAACGUGCCAAGAAGCUGGUAACGCCUACACCCGAUCAUAAGAUUCUCAAGUCGAAAAUUCCAACAUUCAAUAAUCGUAAAGCCUUGACUGGCACAUUGUCAAGUGAAAAUAUGUCAAUGUUUCCAAGUCGAACAUUGAAGCGAUCAUUGUCAGCAAAUGCUGAUGAACCAAUCAAGAAGAAAACUUUAAUGAACAUGAAACAUACGAUUGAAAAAAAUGCUGGAUCUUCGACAAGCCUUUGUAAGAGUGUUGCUGUUGUUAGAGGUUUUCAACGUUCGAAUAGUGAAAAUGUCAAGACGACAACCUCAGCUGCAGCAAAUGUCACAAUAUCUUAUUUCUCUGAAAAGAAAAAAGAAACUGAAAAUGGCAGCAACUCUACUGAAAUGAAUCGCAAAAAGGUCGAAGAACGUCAAGAAAGAAACAUGUCGCUCUACAAGUCAAGAAAUCAAGUUCAACAAACUUCUAUUGAUCAGCGUAAAAAACGACAAAAUAUGUUAGUGGGAGUUCGUUUAAAUCGUCGAUUUGAGCUUCAAAUGCAACAUCGCCUUGAACAUGAAAACAAAUAAGAUCAUUUGUGUUGUUUAUCAGUCUUUAUAAUAUCUAAUAUGUCUUAUCCAAUUUAUUUUUGUGGUUUUUUGAAAGUUUACAUUAUUAAUUUUCUCAUUAUAUUUUCGUUAACAAUAUUAAUAUGAGCCUUAUAAUUAUUUAGAAGUUUUUACUUUUCAUUAUUUUUCAUAUUUUUCCUUAUAAAACAAAAGCAAAUAAAAUAUCUAACAGAUUUAAUUAACCACUUAAA